UAAUGCAAGGCAUCUCCUUCCUCUGUUACUGCGUCAUUCUUAUCAUGUCUUGGGCCCUGUAGGUGUCUACUAAUUCUGUCUACAAUUAUUGACCUGGUGAAGAGCACUCUGGCUUUCCAACUAGAAAGCUGCUUGAUGUACCGUCAGGCUCUCCACUCUCUUUAGCUGAACCCAGGCGCGCGAACCCCGCUGAAAGCGUUUAUGCCCUUCCAUCCCCGCUGCAGUGGGACUUAGUGAGCUUUCUACAAAGAAACAAUAUCCCAUUGAUACCCAAAGUUGAAAUCGCUUUCUGCUCUCGUUUCUACUAGUUCGCGCACUAUCUCGUUGCUUAAUCGCGUCAAUAAGCGCUUCCUUCUCCGCGGUUCGGCGAAGAUCCUACUGCAUAACCGAUUCGCAAAUUCCGUCUGCGCAAAUCACAAUCUCCAAAAUGGACGACCACAAUCCGGACAUGGAAGUUGUCGAUGAGUUCGCGCAGACGCGUGGCGCGGAUGACCUUUUCGAUGAUGAGAUUAUACCAGUUUCUGCAGAAGAACAAGCGCAGACAGUUACGGUGGAAGAGGCGACGGAGGAUAGACCCGCGAAGCGCGAAAGCGAUAUACAGGCAAAAGAAGGAACCUCUCCUCCGAGGUUCCGUGGCGGCGAAAGAGGAAGAGGCAGAGGGCGAGGGAGAGGUGGGCGUGGUGCCAAAGCAUUUCACGAUCGAGGUUCAGCGCGCGCGGAGACUCAUGCAAAGAACAAACCGGGCGAGAAAGCGGCAGAUGGGUCUGGCAAGGAAAUAGACGAGACAGCCGAAGGAUCUACUGGAAAGCCUUCAGAUGGCCCCCGCGUUCAAGCUGUCCGGGGUGAUAGAAGUGGCACAGGAGGAAUCCGAAAGCCGAAAUUGACGGAAGACGAACUUUCUGCACGCAUUGCAGCUGCAAAAUUGCAUGCCGCCAAGAUCGCCGCUGCCCACGCUCGCGCUGAAGCUGACCAAGCAUCAUUCCAAGAACGCGAGAAGGUUGCAGAAGAGAAAAGACGCCAGGAGUUCCAGAACCGCCGUGCGAUGGACAAUGAACGUGAACGGAAUAGGCUACGAAAACUUGGCGCUCAGACAGGUCGUGAAUGGGAUUCUACCAAGCGGGAAGAAGACUAUAACCCUCGUGGAGGCGGCAGCCAGUAUCGCAGAGGAAUGCAUGGUGGUGUUUCAGGAUACACGCGGCAUACCCACGAAAACGGCUCAGAUAGCGGAGAUAGCCACAGAGGCGGCCGCGGUCGUGGUGGCAGAGGUGGUCGUGGUCGAGGCCAGCGCGGUGGUAGAGGAGAUCAUUUGGCAUCUAAUGGUCACGACCACACUGCAACGACAAUAAACGCUACUACACCAUCCGCACCGGUGAUUAACAGUGACAACGAAUUCCCAGCCCUCCCCGGCAGUUCAACAAAAGAGCAAGGUCCAGGGCCUACUAUCGUCACCGGUUCUACAUCUCCCGGAGACGCCCUUUCGGGAGGAACCAAAUCGCCAUCAGCGCUCUCACCAUUGACACCGUCUGGCGGCGGAUCCUGGGCAGAGCAGGUCGAAUCGAGUGGAGCAGCAAAGGCCUAAACACGAUUGACCGUUUCUUCGAGUUCCGUACUCUGUGAAUGCGAUGAGGGUUAUCCCAUGACACCAUUAUACAUGAUAUCCUUUUUGUUUUUGUUUUGUUUUCUUCUCUCUUGUGCGAGCAUUGCUUGCAUUGUUAAUUUCUAUACAAGAAGUUGUCGCUCUAGAGUGCUUAUACUUUGACCUUGCUUGGGGGGGUUCUCCUUCCAGUUGUCCUUGGAUUCUGCAACGCUUGUUUUUCCAUUGCCAUACUGUUUUACGCUCACGAAGAAAACAUGUGAAUACGUAUUGACGCUACUUCGAUGUUCAAAGCUCGAUGUUGACGAUUCUGGGAAUGAUGUUGAUGACUAAGCCAGCUGUAC